CCUUUUAAACCCUAAGAAAAUCCCAUGCGGGGCCAGAGAGGAAGCGAAGGUGUGUCGUGUGUGUUUGGUUCAGUUCUAGCUUCUGCUUCCACAUUCGAUGAUGGAGCUCCAUUGCGCAUUUCUCCACACAUCAUUCUCUUUCCCUAUCAGAGAUAGAAUUCUUGCUCAUGGAGACGCCUCCGCUGCCGUCGCCUGCUCUCCCUCUUCGUCCUCGCUUUCAAGAAUUCCAGCUCGAAAUUUUUCUAUGGGUUCUAGCACCAGAGAGUUCCGCUCAUUGGUUUCUCGAGUUAGACUGAUGAAAUCAUCCUGUUCUGCCGUUGUCAGAGGAGAGAGUGCAGUACCUAGUGAUUGCAGUCCAGAAACUAUUGAUUCUUCGAAUCCAACUCCAACUCGCAAUGGACCAGUGGGAAAUGUUCCAAAUGCAAAAGAUGGCGUGGAAUGCUUGGAUCAGCAUAAAAUGACCAAAGUGUGUGACAAGCUCAUUGACGUCUUUCUGGUCGACAAGCCAACUCCAACAGAUUGGAGACGGUUAAUUGCUUUCAGCAAGGAAUGGGACAGUAUCCGACCCCAUUUCUUUAGAAGGUGCCGAGAUCGAGCUGCCUCUGAGGAUGAUCCUGGGAUGCAGCAUAAGCUACUCCGGCUAGGAAGAAAGCUGAAAGAGAUUGAUGAAGAUGUGCAGAGACACAACGAACUUCUUGAGGUGCUCAGAGGAGCAGCACCAUCAGAACUUGGUGAAAUUAUUUCGAGGCGUCGUAAAGAUUUUACAAAAGAAUUCUUUGUUCAUCUUCACACAGUGACUGAAUCUUAUUAUGAUGAUCCGACUGAGCAAGAUGCUCUGGCGAAGCUUGGGAACUCCUGCCUGGCUGCUGUACAAGCAUAUGAUGCCGCAACUGAAAACAUCGAAGCACUAGAUGCCGCAGAGUUGAAAUUCCAGGAUAUCAUCAAUUCUCCAAAUUUAGAUACCGCUUGCAGAAAGAUAGACAGUCUGGCGGAGAAAAACCAGCUUGAUUCUGCAUUAGUAUUGAUGAUUACAAAAGCUUGGUCUGCUGCAAAGGAAUCGAACAUGAUGAAAGACGAGGUGAAAGACAUACUAUACCACUUGUACGUGACUGCAAGCGGUAACCUUCAAAGAUUAGUGCCAACAGAAAUCAGGAUUCUGAAGCAUCUUCUUACAAUCGAGGAUCCUGAGGAGAAGCUAAGUGCCCUGAAGGAUGCAUUUACCCCUGGCGAAGAAGUUCAAGGACAAGAUGUGGACUGCUUAUACACGACUCCAGAGAAGCUUCACGCGUGGAUGAAGACAGUGCUGGAUGCUUAUCAUUUCAGCCGGGAAGGCACCCUCAUAAAGGAAGCCAGAGACCUUAUGAACUCACAGGUCAUCGUAAAACUUGAGGAAUUGAAACAUCUCGUUGAAAAAAAAUUUAUGUGAGGUAAAUUCCAGUUUCCAGACGAUCAUCUCCCGCGGUUUAAGCUUCCCUCCUUCUGGCUUGACUUCUCCUUUCAAAUUUGAAAUUAUCGUUCCCAAACCUGGAGGAUCAUCAUCCG